CUUUGUUUUUCUACGUUCCUUUUACUGGCUUGCUAGCACCGUUGUGCUCACUCUCCUUUCCCUCCCAAAAUCGACCCUACCACCACCUCCGCCGGCAACCGCUGUGUCUUCCGGCUCGACGCCGUCUUCUGCCAACCCUCCUCCCUCUUCAACUUCCCACACCUCCGGUGACUGCGAUGGUCGGGUCCACGGUUGCGUUAAACCCUACCAAAACCCUCCACAGCAGAAUCUCAAACAGCAACCGCAUUUCCCCACCACCGGCGUUCCCAACCAGAAUCGCUUUCAACCCUAACAAGUUCCGCCGCCCAGCAAUCCGCGCUUCCGUGAUGCGAAGAGAAGAUCAGCAGCAACAACCGUCCUUGGCGGAAGCUCUCCUCAGCGGCACUCGCAAACAGGAGGUUCUCGACGCCAUUAGAGCUACCUCCGGCUCUAACUGCCUCUCUGAAACUAAUCUCCAUUUGACUGUUCCUGGUCUCAAAUCCAAAACCCGUGGCAAAGUUCGGGAUAUUUAUGAUAGCGGCGACUACCUUGUUUUAGUGACCACGGAUCGCCAGAGUGCCUUUGAUAGGGUUCUUGCUUCCAUUCCUUUCAAGGGCCAGGUUCUUAACCAGACCAGUUUGUGGUGGUUUGAAAGGACUAGGCACAUAGUUUCUAAUGCAGUUGUAUCAGCUCCAGAUAAAAAUGUCACUAUAGCAAAGAAAUGUUCAGUUUUCCCAGUUGAGUUUGUUGCUAGAGGGUUUGUCACUGGAAGUACUGAUACAUCUUUAUGGACAGUCUACGAUAAAGGCAUUCGUAACUAUUGUGGAAAUGUCCUCCCCGAUGGAAUGGUUAAAAAUCAGAAGUUGCCUAAAAUUAUACUCACUCCAACUACCAAGGCUGCAGAUCAUGAUGAACCUGUCACUCCAGAUGAGAUUAUAGAAAGGGGACUGAUGACUGAAGCUGAUUAUGCAGAAGCAAGUGAAAAAGCAUUAAGCUUGUUUGAGUAUGGGCAGAAAGUGGCUUUGGAACAUGGCCUCAUAUUGGUAGACACUAAGUAUGAAUUUGGCAAGGCAGAGGAUGGUUCAAUUCUGUUGAUUGAUGAGGUCCAUACUCCUGAUUCAAGUAGAUAUUGGAUUGCUAGUUCCUACUUGGAGCGCUUUCAAAAUGGUCUUGAGCCUGAAAAUGUUGAUAAGGAGUUCUUGAGGCUGUGGUUCAAAAGUCACUGCAACCCCUAUGAAGAUGAGGUCCUUCCUGAUGCUCCUGAAGAUCUUGUUGUAGAGUUGGCUUGGCGAUAUAUUUUCUUGUAUGAGACUAUCACAAAAUCCAAGUUUGAGGUGCUAUUGACUGAGGAGCCAAUUCAUGAGCGAAUUUCACGAAAUGUUGCUUAUGCACUGUCGUCCUUAAAGUAACCCUGGAAUUUUAGGGGCCAUCUUAGCUCUGCAGUUUAAUGAUCUAAUCUGAUACUAAAAAAUACAUUAAAAACUUAAAUUAACGGAGAACUACAAGGAUGUUUUUAUUUCUCUAAAUAAACAGAAAGACAGAACAAGCUUUCAUGCUCUACCAAAUAAAGCUUGUUUCUUGAUUGUCAUGAAAAUUGCUUUGAGAAAUUUGACAACUUGUGACUUUUUCUCUUUCUUUUUACCCCCAAGAACACAGAGCUGUUUUUGAAAGCAGAACCAAAUGAGUCCUUUGGCUUGUAUUUUUGUUAUUGUGACAGUACUUUUGGGUUUAUCAGCCAUCCGGCCAGAAAGAAGACAGGGAGCCAUAUAGGAAAAGUUGCUUGUACAUUUUUUAUUAGUUUCUUAUGUGUCAAAACACUUUGUAGUAAUUUCAGUUAUUCUCGGUUACAACUUUAAAUUAUGAUGAUUAAAUUUUAAACUUUGACGGUAGCUUGAGAAAUUACUGAUGUAGAAUACCAUUGGAUGCCAAGUAGCAUCAGAGAGAUGUCAAUGAUGGUGCACCAAAUAGACUUGAAUGUUCUCAUCAUUUUAUAUUACCACAGCCUUUCUCUAUUGCAGCAA